GUGGAUAUAUACAACCAACGGUAUUAUCUCGAGCAAGGACCGUUGGAUCCAACCGACUUGUACGACCAACCCAACCAUCGGUCAAGGGAUGUUUGGAACGAUCACCCGGUCUUGUUUCCAAGCUGGGCACUCUGGACAUAUAUGCUCCAGCUUGAGGGAGGGUGUUAGUAUAUUGAGUAGUUAUAAAUACAAAUUGUAAUGUUUGUUUAAUUCAG